CUGCCCCCGAGCCUCAGCGGGCUGGGGAGGCUGCAGCGAGAGGGGAAGGAUCGAAAGUUGCAGGCGAAGAAGGUAUAACUAUAGGUGUUUCUUAUGGCAAAAAAGUUGAGCCACACAACAUCCAAUUGGAGAUAGUCAACUGCCUAAAGCAGCAAUUUGUUUGCCUGAAGAGAGUUGCCAGGGGCUGUAUGUUGGGUCUGGCCUGCAUGAUCUGUCUCCUACCUGCAGUAUGGUUAUGUCUCCAUCCAUUUCCUUCCAAAUUUAGUUGAAAGUUUAUAUCAGCUAAGCUGCCAGAAAUUUGCUUCCUAAAGCUUUGGUGGUCCACAUUUUAAUGGAUUGCUGUAGCCUUUUAAUUUCUCCAUUCAUCCAGUUCCCAGCAUCGUGAGAAGAUUAGCCAGCACAGAACAUAGAAAAAUUACAUGUCAAAAAACACAUGCUUCGUUGGACGAACAGGGAAAUCAAAUUUCCAAAGGUGACAACUCAACCAUUGGAACACCUAGGUGGUAGACAUUCAUAUCCCCUCUGUACUGUUACCAAGAGCAGCCCAGCUGAUCUCAACUGUCAUGAUAGUAGGGUGUGAACGGAAUGUCUGUGGAUGAGAAGACUGAAUCCCCCAUGUAUGUGUAUGAGUCAACAGUCCAUUGUACCAAUAUCCUCCUGUGCCUAAAUGACCAGCGGAAGCAGGAUAUUCUCUGUGAUGUGACUUUGAUUGUGGAGGGGAAAGAGUUUCGAGCCCACCGGGCUGUGCUGGCUGCUUGCAGUGAAUACUUCUUGCAGGCGCUGGUUGGGCAGACGGAAAAUGACCUCGUUGUCAGCCUGCCAGAGGAGGUCACUAUCAGAGGAUUUGGUCCAUUGUUACAGUUUGCCUACACUGCUAAGCUGUUACUCAGCAGAGAAAACAUCCAGGAGGUCAUCCAUUGUGCUGAAUUCCUGCGCAUGCACAACCUGGAGGACUCCUGCUUCAGCUUCCUUCAGACUCAGCUGCUGAACAAUGAAGAUGGCCUGUUCCUGUGCAAAAAGGAUACCACCUGCCAGAGAAUGCACGAUGAAGAGAACUCUGAUGGAGAAGAGGAGGAAACUAUGGAAUCAGAGACUUCAAAGAUAUCCUGCCCAAGGGAAAGAAUGUAUCAGGAACCCUUUAACUUUGAAUCCACUAGUUCUGGAGCAGACAAGGAAGAAGGGAUGCUGCCUGACUCUGACAUGCUGAGAGAUAGCAAGGACAGUUUGGACAAAGAUGCAGUAACACGGUACCCAAGAUACAAGAAAUACCAGCUUGCUUGUACCAAGAAUGUCCACAACACAUCACACAUCAGUACCUCAGGUUUUGCAAGCACAUUCAGCGAAGAGAGUUCUGGAAAUGGCCUCAAAUCAGGACUUGCUGUGGGGCAGAUAAAAAGCGAGCCUCAGAAUGAGGAAAACGAUGAAGAAAGCAUCACGCUUUGCCUGUCUGGAGAUGAACCUGACAUUAGGGAUAAAGAAGGGGAUGUUGAAAUGGACAGGAAACAGCCAAGUCCCACCUGUAUUGACAGGUCUAAAAGUGUGUCCUCUCCUUCCUGCUUAAGGUCUUUCUUCAACAGAACAAAAAGCGUAGAUUUGGUUGGCUUCCCCAGUACUUCCCAACAGCACUUUGCCAGGAGUCCAGCAUGCCCUUUUGACAAAGGGACAACUCAGGGUGACCAGAAAACUGACUACAGCCCUUUCACAGGGAAUUAUGGACAGUCCCAUGCCAUUCAGAAGGAUACUUCCAACUUCACAAUGGGAUCGCCACUCAGAGGGCCUGGUUUUGAAGCACUCUGUAAACAGGAAGGUGAACUGGACAGGAGGAGUGUUAUAUUCUCUUCAAAUGCUUGUGACCAAGUAAACACUUCAGUGCAUUCAUAUUCUGGUGUGAGCAGCUUGGACAAAGACCUCACUGAGACUGUGCCAAAGGGUCUGUGGGCUGGAGGCAGCCAAUCCCUUCCUAGUUCACAGACCUAUUCCCACAGUGGACUGACAGCUGAUCACUUGCCAGGAAGGAUGCGACCUAACACCAGCUGCCCGGUGCCAAUUAAAGUUUGCCCUCGCUCUCCUCCUCUGGAAACCAGAACCAGGACCUCUAGCUCAUGUUCCUCCUACUCAUAUGCAGAGGAUGGCAGUGUUGGUUCUCCCUGUAGCCUCCCUCUGUGUGAGUUUUCAUCUUCCCCCUGUUCCCAAGGAGCUCGAUUCCUGGCCCCUGAACAUCAGGAGCCAGGCAUGAUGGGAGAUGGAAUGUACAACCAAGUCAGACCCCAGAUUAAAUGUGAGCCAUCCUAUGGAACAAACUCCAGUGAUGAGUCUGGGUCGUUCUCAGAAGCAGACAGUGAAUCAUGUCCUGUGCAAGACAGAGGACAUGAGGUGAAGCUUCCUUUUCCUGUAGAUCAAAUCACAGAUCUUCCACGGAAUGAUUUCCAGAUGAUGAUAAAGAUGCACAAGUUAACCUCAGAACAGUUAGAGUUCAUCCAUGAUGUUCGCCGGCGCAGUAAGAACCGGAUUGCAGCUCAGCGCUGCCGCAAAAGAAAACUGGACUGUAUUCAGAAUUUAGAAUGUGAAAUCCGCAAAUUGGUGUGUGAGAAAGAGAAAUUACUGUCUGAAAGGAACCAGCUGAAAGCAUGCAUGGGAGAAUUGUUAGAUAACUUCUCAUGUCUUUCCCAAGAAGUGUGUAGGGAUAUACAGAGCCCUGAACAGAUCCAAGCCCUGCACCGAUAUUGCCCUGUUCUCAGGCCUAUGGAUCUACCAACAGCCACUAAUAUCAACCCUUCACCAGCUGGAGUAGAGCAAAACCUAGUGACAUCUCAGUGUGUUGGGGAAGGCAUGCAGUGCUGCUCAGAGCAAGAGUCUGUGCAACUAGGAGCUCACUGGCUACCUAACAAUGUCUCAGAAAAUUGUACAGACGGAAGAGGGCUUGAUGGAGCUGCCCAAGGUACUUACUCAGAAAGAGAGCUCCCUCUAGAACAGAGUAGCCAAACAGUGACAGUAGACUUCUGUCAGGAAAUGACUGAUAAAUGUACAACAGAUGAGCAGCCUAGGAAAGAUUAUACCUAGUGACUUGUAACCUUACGUUACACCUGGUCAGGUGUUCUUCAGUCAGCCAGUGGCAGUAUUCAUUUGUUGUCUAGAAGAACGUAUUUGGUGCACACUACAGUGGUCUUAGCAGCAAUACUGUUUUUAAGUAUUCCCUCCUCUCUACAGGCAGGAGUUACCUUCACAAUGGUGCUAUCCCUUGCUCAGGCAGGGAAUUAAACAGUGGCAACACUGUCUGUUUUUGUAUGUUAGUUUCAAUCUUAACAGGGAUGGACAUAACACCUCUGAGGACCCAACUGCAGCUUUUUUCUCAGUGACCCAUGUCACAAAACCCUAACUCAGGAAUUUCCUCUGAAUGUUCAAUUUUUCAUUGAAGACAGCUUCUUUACACAUCAAAGUUUUAUAGCUAAACUGUACAUAUUAUAUAUAAUAUAUAUAAAAUAUAUAUCUCCAUAUGCAAAAGUCCCUGCAUGCCUCAGUUUUUCUCAUCCUACAACUGGAAACUUUCAUUUAUAUUGUAUAAACAAGUUCCAACAUUCCUUUUUUGUCUUUCAUGCUAGAACUAGUUUGGUAACUUGUUACAUGAUUUUUUUUCUUGGUUCACAGUUCAGCAAUAUCAUUCAGUUUGUACUUAUUUAUAAAAUUGUAAUGUUGGAAGCUUAUCGGGGAUUUUUAUUAUAGCCAGGGUUUUGGUUUUGGCACAGUCAUUUUGUGCCGGUUGAGCAAUGUGGAUUUAUUUUAUUUUCUUGCAGAUACUGUACAGUAAUGGUCAACUUUGCCACUUGCACUGAGUUUCUGGUCAAACCUCUUUUCAUAAUGAAGUUGUGACUUCAGUCUAACUUGCGUAUACUGUAUUCUUUGCUUUAUAGUUGAAAGAAAAUUAUAAAGUUUUAGCUAAUAGAAAAAACACUCAGGAGAUGAUUAUGUAGGAAGAACAAUCUUGCCAAAUACUGAAUUCACCAUAUAAUGUGUAAAAGAAAAUCUGCUUGAAUAUUUUUAUAUUCUUUUUCUUUCCCAAACAAAGUUGAAAUGUUGUUAAUUGUGCUUUUGGACUAUAUGGUAAGAUGUAUUUUGCUCUUUAAUAAAAUAUAAAAAGUGGACCAGUCAAGCAUAUGUUCCUAAAUUGGGGUCCAAGGUGUGGGUUUUGGAUCAGACCCCGAAUCUGCAUCCUUUCCCAGGCAAGUAGUUGCUACUCAGACGUGUAGUCCAGUGGUUCUCAACCUACUUACCAUAGUGGGUCACAUAUGCAGCUCUCUGUGUUAUGUGAGGCACA